AAGGCGCUAAUACAGUUAGCUUCCCACGUGUGUGACCGAACAGAGAGUUUGUCGUGUCGUGUUAUGUGUGAGCUGUGUCAGUAACAAUGCCUUCCGUUCAGUAUCUGAGAGAGUUUAUCAACGAGCGACUAACUGCUGCUGCUGAACAAAUAUUCUUGGAGUUUGAAAAAACGAUCGUCCAGUACGAGGAAGAGAUCGACCGUCAGCACAGACUGCUGGAUAUCACCUGGAAACCCGAAAUCAAGCUGCACAGGACAGUUCCUCCAGACGUCCCACAGCAGCCUGUCUGCGAGGAGGAGGAGGUUCUUCCUGAGCAGCAGCUCUGGAACCAGGAGAGGAGCUCCAGUGUGGACGAGGAGGAACCAGAACCUCCACAGAUUAAAGAGGAACAGGAGGAACUGUGCAGCAGUCAGGAGGGAGAGCAGCUGGGACUGAAGGAGGAGACGGAUACCUUUAUGGUGACUGCUGCUGAGGAAGGAGAGCACAGUGAACCAGGAGGAGACGGGGAGCAGCUCCCCUCUCCCAGCUCUGCUGGAGCUGAGAACCAGGAUCAGGAAGGAAGCAAGAAUUCAAGAUCAAGUAGAAAAAGAAAUAAAAGUCAUAAAAAUAAAGAAGGCCCCACUGCAUCAGGGAGUCGGUGUAACUCUGGUAAAUGUAAAAAGACUCUAAAAUGUGAUGUUUGUGGAAAAACCUUUGAGUUUAAUUAUCAAAUUAAAAUCCAUUACAGAAUCCACACAGGUGAGAGGCCGUUUGCUUGUAAAAUGUGUGGGAAAAUGUUCAGAUGUAAUAAUUCUUUGUCAAAGCACAUAAGAACCCACACAGGUGGUAAGCCAUUUUCUUGUACAAUAUGUGGGAAGAUGUUCAAACGUAGCUCUCACUUAACAGAGCACAUAAUGACUCACACAGGUGAAAAGUGUUGUUCUUGUCCAACAUGUGGGAAAAUGUUUGCAUAUAAUAGGGAUCUACUAAAACACUCAAGAAGUCACACAGGUGAGAAACCAUAUCAUUGUAAAACAUGUGGGAAAGUGUUUGGAUAUAGUAGUUCUUUAUUCAAGCACAUGAGAGUUCAUGCAGGUUUGAAACCAUCUCAUAAAACAUGGAAAAAUAUUCAGAAGUAGCUUUAAUCCUCCAGAGUCCCGCCCCCUUUACUUUAGUGUUCCCAGUCAGACUUGACCGGUCUGUUUUAACAGCUCUUAAAUUAGCAUAAAGCAUUUGUAUGUAAAACACAAUAUUUAUGAGUGCUUUAAGUUGUAAAUCUGUCAGAUUUGACCCCAACAUGACAGGAACACAAAAACACACAUGCUGUAAAACAUGAGAACAUUUGUUGCACCACAUGAAAACUCACAGAGAGAGAAAUGUAUCCUCAAUCAGGAUUAUUGGCUUAGUGAGCUGCUUUGAGCUGAAACCACGUUUGUGUCUCUAAAGUCUUUACCUGGCCAGUUUUUACCUGGCUAAAUCACCGUGGUAACUUACAUUGAACAUGUAAAUAAACUGGUCAAAAGCGGGUAAUGUUCAGAGGUUCAGUUUAAAAGUGGCCAGAAUGUGACCCCGUAUGUGUAA